AAAACAAACAAAAUAAAAAAAAAGGAAAAAAAAGAAAAAAAGAAAAACAGAAACUCCAUUCCUCUGUGAAAAUCUUGCCCGGCCAUUCUCCUCCAAUCCAUUCUCUUCUCCCUCCCUCUUCUCCCACCCCCGCCCCCUCUCUCUGUGUCCUUCCAUUUCCGCCAUAGCUCGGAAGCAUUUUUGCGCGAUUUGAUCUUCGGAUUUAGGGUUUUUGAGGAGAUUAUUGUUGUUCGGCGGUGUAUCGAUGGGGCAGCAAUCUCUGAUCUACAGCUUCGUGGCCCGAGGCACGGUGAUCCUCGCUGAAUACACGGAGUUCAAGGGAAAUUUCACCUCCAUCGCCUCCCAGUGCCUCCAGAAGCUCCCUGCCACCAACAACAAGUUCACCUACAAUUGCGAUGGCCACACCUUCAACUACCUCGUCGAGAACGGCUUCACCUACUGUGUAGUUGCCAUUGAGUCUGCUGGGAGACAAAUUCCAAUUGCUUUCUUGGAGAGGGUCAAGGAGGACUUUAACAAGAGAUAUGGUGGAGGGAAAGCUGCAACGGCUGGUGCCAAUAGCCUGAACAGAGAGUUUGGUUCCAAGCUGAGAGAGCACAUGCAGUACUGUGUGGACCAUCCUGAAGAGAUCAGCAAGCUUGCCAAAGUGAAGGCUCAGGUUUCCGAAGUUAAGGGUGUCAUGAUGGAGAACAUUGAAAAGGUUCUUGAUCGAGGUGAGAAGAUCGAGCUUCUGGUGGAUAAAACUGAGAACCUGCGGUCUCAGGCACAAGACUUCAGACAACAGGGGACAAAGAUGAGGAGAAAGAUGUGGAUUCAGAACAUGAAGAUUAAGUUGAUCGUCUUGGGUAUCAUCAUUGCAUUGAUACUCAUCAUCAUACUUUCCGUGUGUCAUGGCUUCAAGUGUACUUAAGUCACCUCACCUCACCAUUGAUGAUUAACCUCCGUUGCUACGACGGGCCACAUCAUAAUUGGGAUAUAUAUUCUUAGUAUUGCCCGUCGUCCCAUAAAAUUUGCUUGAUGAUCGAUCGAUGUUGAUUCCCUCCCCUUUCUGGUUUUUUUUUUUUCUCCUUCAAGAGUUAUUAAUUUAGGCGUCUUUGCUUUUCCCCUUUGAGAUGGUAGCUUGGCCUUAUAUAGGAUGGGGAUUGAGUUAGUAUUGUAUUAUGGAUAUGGAUAUGGAUUUGGCUUUGUAUUAGGAUGAACUCGGAACACAGAUCUAUCUUCUUUGGUCUUUCUUUUGCUCUCUCUAAUCUUUUCCUUUGUCUUGUUUAUGGUAUUAUAGACUGUACUUUGGAUCAGAUUGUCGAUUAAUAUCUUCUAAAAAUUUAUCA